AUGCGUGACUCUUUAUUAGGAAGACAGAGAUCGAACUCAGCUUGCGAAAGUUCAAAACUCGGUGAUUCUACUCCAACCUUUAAUAAGAUAAGCGAGCCAGAAAUAAAAGAUCUUCAACAAAAAGUAAUUGAUUUGCAAGUAUUAUGCCAACAACUUAAAAAAGAAAAUGAACGUCUUAAAACGGAAAAUGCCAAUUUGAAAACAGAGAAAGAUUCAAAUUCAUUACCAACUAGUUGUUCGGUGGAGAAAUCCCAAGAAUAUGUAACAGAUGAAGAGGAGCUAGCAAAAGAGACGGAUUGGAUAUUAAAGAAAUCUAGACCCAAUAAAAAACGUAGAGCAGAAUCCUCACCUGAGGUAAUCACUCAAGCCAAAAAUGUUGAAAAAACUGAACCCAAUAAAAGAAGUGAGCUACGCCCGCCUCCAAUAGUGAUUUCAAAUGUUAAUCAAUAUCAAGAACUGCAAAGUACUAUUGAAAAAAAUGUCAAAAACAAAUUUUCAAUACGAUUACUUGGAAAUGGUACUCAAAAAAUCAAUGUUUUUGAUGGAGAUGAUUACAGAUCUGUCACUAAAAGUCUCUCAAAUUCAAACUUCAACUGGUUUUCGUACGAAAAUAAGCAGAUACGACCCAUCAGAGUCAUUGUAAAAAAUUUGCAUCAUUCAUGUGAAGAAGAAAGUAUUGUUAGCGAUUUGCAACAACAGGGCUUCAACGCAUUGAGUGCUAAAAAUAAACUUAAACAAAAAACAAAAGAACCAUUAGACAUAUUUCUUCUAACGUUUGAACAUAAUGAAGACAUCAAUAAAAUAUUCGGAAUAAAACAUAUUCUGCACUCAAUAGUCAAAAUCGAAGCUGUCAAGUCUCCCAAACUUAUACCACAGUAUGCUAACGAACAGCCAAAGUGUUGCAACUGUGGUGAAAACCAUCCUGCGAACUACAGAGGGUGUGUUGCAGCUAUUGAGCUGGAAAAAAUUAGAAAUAAACGAAUAAGUAACCAGGAACAGAAUAAAGAACUGCUUAGCAAACCAAAACCACUUUCCACACAUACUACAAAUAAAAAGCAAAAUGUAUCUUAUGCACAAGCAGUUAAGAGUAAUGGUAAAGUUAGCUAUGCGAGCAAUAUGGAGCCAAUAGCCACUUCUAGUACGAAUAAACAAAAUGAAGAUGUACUCACACAAAUCCUGCAUAAACUUCAAAAGCAGGAGGUAGUAGCUAACGCAAUACAAGUCCGACUAACUAAGCUAGAACAAAAACUCAACGAAAAUUCAAAAAAUAAAAAAUGA